CCAACCGAGCAGAACCCUGACGAACGUCACUUCCCGUUCCUGUCACCGCGUUUACAUCCGGUCAAACACACGAAGAAGAAGCGAACGGGACUAUCCGGUCACGUGACCCACGGGUUUGCUCCUCAGAUGGAAGAUGCAGGUUUGGAAUCAAACUUCCGUUUCAGUGAAUUGCCAUCAAACAGGAAGUGCUCCGCUCUGACAGGAAGUUCCCGAAAGAUCAAAGACAAUGCGGCCGACUGGCACAACCUGCUGCUGCGAUGGGAGCGACUCAACGACCACGGCUUCGACGUCGCACAAAACAUCGUCAACCUGCGACUGAGACGGUCUGAGUCUCAACACCUACAGCUUCAGGCAGAUGAAGCUUUGCCCCCGUUGGAGCCCGCAGGCAUCUCUGUGGCGACGCUUCAACAGGACUGUGACAAAUUGCAGGAGGUUUACGACAAAAUGGUUGCCUUGGUGACGAAGAUGGAGCGUCUGGUGGUGUCUCAACAUGGCAUCUCCGAACUUGAACAGUUUCAGUUUGGAGUCGAGGGACGGAAGACGCCGCUGUUUCACAGCUGGAACGCCAAGCACUUUGCUCAGACUGGUCUGGGUCCAUCUGUGUCCCUCUGCAGAGGACGUGUCCGUCUUCCUGUUGGACUCCUUCCAGUCGGAGCUGCGGCUGAAGGGGGCACUGCUGCAGGACUUGGCCCAUACUGUGACCUCUGACCUCCACGUGGUCCAUCUGUCCUGCUGGCUCCUCCAGCCCUUCGUCCCCCCUCAGGUCCGACUGAUGCUGGAGGCUCUGCUGCUGGAGACGGGGCACCGCCCAAUUUGAUCACAUGUCCAGAGGCCUCAGAUGGUGGACAUCAGUGGAUGGGGCCACCAGCACGUUUUGGACAGAUGCAGACACUGAUGCAGACGCAGACACUGAUGCUGUGGGACAUUUGUGUUUUGAGGACGGUCUGGUCCAAUAUGGCGGCACCAUGGAUGACGAUGGUAAUGACACUGAAGGAGACACUGAGUCAUCAGUGUGUGACAUCAUCAGGGUCCUGACCACACCCACGUGUCCCUCUGUGGGGCCAGUGAGAACAUGAAUCCUGUGGGUGUGAAUGCAUUGGAGUUCUGCAGUGUGACGUUCAAAUCCUCAUUAAACUAAACAUUUGAAUGUUCA